ACUCGGGGGACAUCGCCACGCUGCCCGCCGGACGCCACGAAUUUCCCUUCAGCUUCCAGCUGCCUAUCUCCCUGGUGACAUCCUUCGAGGGCAAACACGGCAGCGUCCGCUAUUCCAUCAAAGCCACCCUGCACCGGCCCUGGGUCCCUGCACGUCGUGCCCAGAAGGUGUUCACUGUCAUCGAACCCGUGGACAUAAACACACCUGCCCUGUUGGAACCCCAGGCUGGAGCCCGAGAGAAGGUGGCACGAUCCUGGUACUGCACCCAUGGCCUCGUAUCCCUCUCAGCCAAGAUCGACCGCAAGGGCUACACUCCAGGCGAGGUCAUCCCUAUCUUCGCGGAGAUUGACAAUGGCUCCACACGAGCUGUGCAGCCCAGGGCCGCCCUGGUACAGACACAAACUUACAUGGCCCGAGGUGCCUGCAAACAGAAGCGCACUGUGGUGGCCAGUAUGGACGGGGAGCCCGUGGGCCCUGGUCGCCGUGUGCUGUGGCCUGGUUGUGCCCUGCACAUCCCCCCAGUGGGCCCAUCCAUCCUGCACUGCCGGGUGCUCAGUGUGGACUACUCUCUCAAGGUCUGUGUGGACAUCCCAGGGUCUUCGAAACUGCUGCUGGAGCUGCCGCUGGUCAUUGGCACAGUCCCCCUGCACCCCCUGGGCAGCCGCUCGGCCAGUGUGGGCAGCCGCACCAGCUUCCUGCAGAACUGGGACCCGUGUACAGGGAUGGAACCACCAGAGGCCCCUCCUGAGUACUCAGAGGUGGUGAGGGAGAGCCAGCUGCCAGCUGCCUCACAGGGGCCCUUCCCCCUCCUGCACGAUGUGGGUGUGACCCUGGCCGGGCCCUACUUUGCCUGUCUCCAGGAGUUCCGCUACCGACCGCCUCCACUGUACUCUGAGGAGGAUCCUCACCCACCCUCAGAAGCUGGGAGGCCACGCUGCAUGACCUGUUGAUGUGUGGGAAUCGACACCUCGGUACCAGGUGCACGUUUCUCUGGCCACUGCAGUCCAGCUGUCUGCUUUAGGAACACAGUCUUGAAGGAAGCCAAGUGUCUUUCAACUGCACAGGACUGAGGAGCAGGACAUGAUUUCUGUGGACUGGUGUCUUCCCGCGGCUUCCAGUUCUCUGCAUUUGACCAGUGCUGGACUCCCCUAGAGGGUUGUAGUCUGGGAGACAUGAAUCCAGGGUAAACCAGAGUCAGAGGGGAGGCAGCAAGCUUCCAGAGGGAAUUUCAGCUGAGGCCUUGGCGUUUGCACAGGAGUUCAGCAAGCAGGACAAGCACAGAGGAAAAGGUCAGAGCUCAUAGCGCCCACCACCUCCAUCCUAGGAUUGGGAGCCCAUAUGUGCAGGCGUCUUAAAUAUGGCCACACUGUGAGGUGAGCAGGACUGAGAGCCCAGGGACAGACAUGUAAGGGGAAAGUCAUGAGGCUCUAAGGGACCUGAGGGUCCAAGGGUCCCUGCUUUGGAGGACUGGUGGCUCAGGUCUGUGCGUGUGAUAUGGCCUGCUCAGGGUCAGGAUCCAGACAAGGACACAGUAGCCUGGAGGACACCAAAGGAGGACAGGUGGCUGGGGUAUCUGGGUCAGUCCCCCCACCACAGCCUUGCCGGGGACUUGCCAUUGCCACAUCUGAAGACUCCAUCACCUUUGUACAUUAAAAAUGAAUAAAUAGCUGGGUGUUGGGCGCACGCCUUUAUUCCCAGCACUCGGGAGGCA